UAGAUUAAGGAUGUAGCUAGAAUAGUGCCAACAAUCAUGUGAAAAAGUAAGAACUUUCCCUGGAAAAAUGUAUUCCUUGUAUGUGUUAUCUUCACUUCAACACUAGUGUCAGAUGCUAAACUAAUUUAACAAACUACACUGAAAGAUUAUACUUUGCAGUCAUGUAUUCAUCAAUCAUGCAGUUUCAUAGUGUGGGAAAAGAAAGUACACGUUUAGCGUCCAUAGCUGGUGUAGCCCCCUUUGGCUGAAAUGACUUCAUGUAGCUGUUUCUUGUAAGAGUCCCUUACAUUGACUGGGAGGCAUUUUUGCCCGCCCUUCUGUAAAGUACUGCUUCAACUUGGUCAUGUUUUACUUCUGGUUGUUGCCUAUUACCGCUGAUUCCGUAGACCUCAAUUUCUUCAUUUUGAGCCGUUCUGUGGUUUCUUUGCUUGUGUGUUUUGGAUCAUCGUUCUGUUGUAAGAUAAAUGGUGAGUUCAGCUUUUUAAAGAUGGCCUCACAUUCUCUUCAAUAAUUCUCUUGUAAAAUAUGGAAUUCAUGGUUGACUCCGUGAUAGCAAGUUGGCCUGAUCAUGAGGCAGCAAAGCAGCCCCAAACAAUAAUGCCACUGCAUCCAUGCUUUCCGGAUGGUAUUAGGUUAUACUGUUCAAAGGCAGUGUUUCAUUUUUGCCACACAUGGCCCUGGAAAUGCGUCAAAACAGCUCCAGCUUUGACUCAUCUGUCCAGAGCACAGUGUUCAAAUUGUUCUGGGAUUUAUCCAGGUGUUGUCUUGCAAAUGUCAGUAGAUGCUUCUUCUUUCCAGACCUCGCAGGUAGGCCAGGUUUGUGCAGUCUCUUUCUGACAGUUGACUCAUGCACUCCCACAAUGAUGAGGCCUGUAUAUCCCUUGAUGUUACCCUGGGGAUUUUAGAGACUUCUAUGAGUAUCUUUUUAUCAGCUCUUGGCCUGAAUUUGAUAGGACAACCUGUCUGUAGAUUGCCAGUGGUCUGGGAUUUUCUCCAUUGGUAGGUAGUCUGUCGGACAGUGGGUGUACUUCGAAUUGCUUGGAAACGGCUUUGUUUACCCCUCCCUUUAUGGAAGGCAAGACCCACCCAAUUUACUCAGCAUUUACUUUCUAAUAAUUUGCAACUGUUUUGGUUCUCCUGAUUCAAAGGUUAAGGUAAGGGUGUACUAGUUGGAUUCAACACUACUGUUGUUUGCUCCUUGGGGUUUAAGGCCGGGUGUUUUUGUAAAAGCACGUUGUGACAACUGCUGUUGUAAAAAGGGCUUUAUAAAUACAUUUUAGUGAUUGGGGAUUGAUACUAACUUCUGAAUAAGGAAAUUGCCUUUCUGUUCAUUUGAGUUGCAUAAAUGUUUCUAAAUAGAUUUUUGUGUGAAUUGUUAAAUUGUUUAUCUGUGAAAUUGGUUGGAAUUUAGUUCAGCUAUCCAUGUGUCCAUAGGUAAUAAAAAAUAUCUUUCCUGGGGUGUACAUUUUCUCAUUACUUUCUCCUGUGCUGUUUUUUAAACCUACUUUUAUAUUUUUUUGAAGAAUGUCAUUCGUAUGCCGUAUGCACCUGCUGAUUAAACGCAUGAACGUUUUUUUCUUCUAUUCUCUUAUGUUUUUCCAUUCUUUAUUGCAACUGACUAACCAUCAGCACAGCUUGGUGCUGUACUGUAGAUCGCUUGAUACUGCAGAGUGGGUGGAGAGUGAGACUGAGUUGAGCCCCCACGUGUUUGAAGUUGGUUCCUAAGACAACCCGUCAAACAUGCGUUUCAUCAGGCUUGUUUCCACCCCUCCUCGUCGAACAGCGUGUUGACUGAACUCGGUGUGAGGAGACUGCUGUUAGUUGGAUACUGGAGACAUACAGCUUAGACCGAAACUGCGCAGCGCUCAGAAUUUGGUGCCCGCUAUAUCCUGUGUAGAAAAGAAACAAAACAUUUUUUUGGGGGGGGGGAUACGCUGGUCUUUUCAGAAGUGGACUGUUGUUGUAUUCUUCUGGAUAAAGACUAUACUACUGCCCAUCUGGCUUGAGUAUUGUACUGACAGACGGCCAGUGCAUUUGAACCCAUCCUCCAGAUGCAUAUGAAUAGCUUAUUGAAUCAAUGGCCAGACAUCCCUCCCCACUCCAGGAUGUGUGACGUGUCCUCUGAGCCCACCAGUCCUACGCUCUAUGGCGAGUCUUCUGACACAUAUUACCAUGUGGACCGCUGGCAGAAGCUGCGCACUGCCGUCCGCAAGCUGGAGUUCUGGGAGAACUUCAGCGCCGAGCUCAUCGGGAGCGGCUUCUUCUCCAAAGUCUACAAGGUCAUACACACUUCAAGCUGUAAGGUGAUGGUGGUGAAGAUCUACAAGAAUGACGUGGACCAGGACAGCAUUGUCCGUGAGAUCAGCCUCCUGCAGAAACUCUCCCAUCCCAACAUUGUCAGGUAUCUGGGGAUCUGUGUGAAGGAAGAUAAACUUUACCCUAUUUUAGAGUACGUUAGUGGGGGCUGCCUGGAAGAGCUACUAGCCAGGAAGGAUGUGUCUUUGUGCUGGAGGGAGAAGGUGGACUUGGCAUGUGACAUCACCAGGGGAAUGAUCUACCUGCACUACAAGAACAUCUACCACAGAGACCUCAACUCCAAGAACUGUCUGAUCCGUGUCACUGCACGGGGCCGGGAGGCCUUGGUCACUGACUUUGGUCUGGCCAGAGAGGUGGUGGAGCUUCCGGUUAAAGAUCCAGAAAGGAAGCUCUCCCUGGUGGGAUCCGCCUUCUGGAUGGCCCCUGAGAUGCUGCGCGGGGAACCCUACGACCGCAAGGUGGAUGUGUUCUCCUUUGGGAUUGUUCUCUGUGAAAUACUGGCAAGGAUCCCUGCAGACCCAGAGAUUCUACCAAGAACCAAGGACUACGGCCUGGAUGUGGGUGCGUUUAAGAAGCUGGCGGCCGGGUGUCCUCAGCGCGUGCUAGAACUGGCAGCCAGCUGCUGUUUGAUGGAGUCCUUCAGAAGACCAGCAUUCACAGAGCUCCUGGAUGAACUGGGCGAGAUCGCCGAGUCUCUGGAACCACCCCCUUAUUCAGAGCUGACCACUGGGUGAGCAGCAUGGGCUGGCCUGUCCGAAGCCCAACCCACCCAUCAAUCCUAAAUAGGAUUAGAGGACUUGGGACUUUGGAUUAAGUUCUGUACUUAUAUACAGGCGGAAUCCUAAAUGGCACCCUAUUCCCAUAUAGUGCACUCGCUAUGACCAAAGACCACGCCUGUGGUCACAAUCGGUGCAUUAUAUUGGGAAUAGGGUGCUAUUUGGGACGUAAACCAUGGAACGCUAGACGGGGCCAGGGGCACAACGAUUCCCCAGGAGGUCCUCUUCAUACAGGCUGACCUCUCGGUAUGUGCCUACCUUCAUUAAUCUGACCCUACAGUGUUGGUGGGUGGAUCCACAUGGAAUAGACUGCAUUGCAUCUUCUAGAAGAAAGGCUUUCCCUGGAAACAAGAAUGCUUUACUUGAACAGUUCGCACACUUUGUGUACAGAUAAAAGGAUGGCAUUUGGGCAUAGUUUUGGUUAGCGCCAUGCCUUACCUUAUUUCAACUUUCCUAAGCUGAAUCUCUUAUUGCUGCUCUUUUCGUUUGUGUUGCCGUUAGAGUAUUUUUUUUGUGUUUGAUCUCUCUAUUUCAACACUACCUAAAUGAUCAUACGCCGAAGUGGAGUCAUGUUCAACAAACCACGUCACCUCUUUUCAGAGAUUAAAUUGCCUCUGUCGGUUAAAUUUGCCAAGCUGUGAGGAGAGGUGUUAUCGUUCACAGCUUUAAAAGGAACUCGGCAAAGACAACCCCUGGGCCUGGACUGACUCACUACCAUCAGUGAAGCUACUGUAGCACAGACUGCAGGUUAAUGCCAGUGGAUGGGGAACAGAGUUUGAAUCGGGAACCCCCACCAAAGCGUGUAUUCCACUGAUGCUAUCAUCAUUAUCUUUAGUGUAAUUGUUGGCUUCUCUGUCACCUGUAACAUUCAGUGGCUAGGCCUAUUGUUAGCUUUGUUAGUACAGUAAUAUAACAGUCAUUAUUCCUAAGCUCACUCAAUGGUGCAAAAUCUCAUCUCAGUGGAUCUGGAUUUUUUUUCUUUGGUAUAUACUGUACACAUCUUUUAUCAUCAUUCCUAAAUUAUCUGUAUUUAUUUGUGUUUACUGUUUUCGCCAUCUGCUUGUGCACAAUACUAUUCACACAUCUUCAAUAUCAGAAAGAAAAGGAUUUUCAUGUGUUUGUAAAUAUUAAUUAAUUGCCCAUAGUUUGGCCUUAAUGUAAAAAGUGUUUUAGUUGGAAAAUGUGGCCUAUGACAACCUUCUGUGUGGACCUUCCACUGUAGUUAAUGCUCUUGCGCAGCAGCCAGUAUUUGCCAGUAAGUUAGUUGUCAUCUCUGAUGUUUGAAGUCGACAGACAUCCUGCCAGACACCACAGUCAAUUGUAGAGAGUUUGGUUAUUCAUUACAAAGUAUGUUUCUGGAGCUAUUUUUUCAAAGGAAAAUGUUAUCAAAGAAUUGUGUAUUGCAAACUUAAGCUUUCAGACAUUCCUCCUGUGUUAUCACUUUUCCCCCCAGGUAUUUUCACUCCCUCAACCUUGCAAUAUCGUUGUGAAAUUGUUGAUAAGUCUUAUUAUGUUUGAAAAUUGUUUAUCACUUUUGACAAAACUCUGAAAAGUUAUAUUUGAAACAUGUACAAGUAUUUUCAAAUGAGUUGCCUCUUUCAAUAAACGGUUUCUCUGGUUCAGUUUAA